AUGAUCUUCCGGAUCGCGGCCAUGCAGCCCAUCCACAUCGACCCGGACUCCGUCAAGCCACCCAAGCGCCGCAACGUCCGCAUCUCCAAGGACCCGCAGAGCGUGGCGGCCAGGCACCGCCGGGAGCGGAUCAGCGAGCGGAUCCGGAUCCUCCAGCGGCUGGUCCCCGGCGGGACCAAGAUGGACACCGCCUCCAUGCUCGACGAGGCCAUCCACUACGUCAAGUUCCUCAAGAAGCAGGUCCAGUCCCUCGAGCAGGCCGGCGCCAGUGCAACUCGGCCUCCGGUGGCGUUUGGCGGUGGGUUCCCGUUCUCUCCUGCGGCGGCGGGGUUUGGUGGCGGUGGUGCGGCGGCGGUGAAGAAUGGGGGUUGUGGUCAGCCGUCUCCUUCGGCGGCCUAUGGGAAUCAUCAUCACCAUCAUGGUGUGAUGCUUGGAUCGAUGCAAAUGCUUUGA